GUCACACGGCCGUUCGACUUGAAUUCAAAUCACUCCAGUGGCCCCUAAAAGAGCGUCCGCAGCUGGGCCCCUUCGCGUCUUGCUCAGUGUAUGGCUUCCAGGCCCCUAUUCAACAAAGUCCCAGUGCCCAACCACUAGAACUCAUGAUUGGCUCCUUUUGGAACUUGUGCCGUGCUUGCCCUUCGAUGCCUGUCGAUAAGCUACACUCCGAAUAUCGGAGCACAUAUCGAUGGCACGAGUAUACAGGCCCAAGGCAAGAGGUGGUCAGAAGACCCCCACAAGCCAACAUUGCGGAAAAAGCCAACGAUCCUCAGCCUGCAACCAAGAGUAACGAUGAAGACUUCCAAACCGACUCAUUGCCCAAGUUGGAACCAGCUAUGCCUAGAAGAAAAAAGUACCCCGACUUGGCUUACCGACAUCACGAGUUCUUGGUAAGCGACGGCCCGACCAAUGAAUUUUGCAGUGCUGACAGGGCAAGGGGGAGAGAAGGAGGGUUGAUACGAAAAGCUAUUUCCAAAAUUAGUACGGAAUAUAGAUUACAAUUUGCUUGGCCUCAAGGACAUGCCUCUAGGCGCGAUGCUGUAGAUUCUGCCCCUCGCAAAUCGCAGUCCAUGGGAGCCUUAAAGGCUAACGCUAUGGUGCAUAAGAAAAGGACUGAUACGGAAAAUAAGGAUGCCAGUGAAUUGGAACCAUUAGUAGACGAUAGGAUUCAUCAGGAAAGGAUAAAGGAGGAUUUCAAUAGUGGAGGGUUUCAUUCUAAAGAAGUCGACGGUGACGCCACGGAUAUCCAUAAACAAUAUCCUGAUAUCGAUAAAAAUUCGUCUUGGUAUAGGGAAGUGGUUGAACUUCGUAAGAAAGCUGGAGAAUAUAAGCAUCGCGGUUGGGGUAGUGAAUUGGCACCUGAAAGACUCUCAGAUAUUUACAACAAGCAAGUUGAGCUAUGGGAUCAGGUUUCAAGGAGGAGUUCGCUGUCUGCUUUAUCCCUUGCUUCUAUGACACACAAGUCAUACACUAAGGAAGAAAAGGAAGAUGACAAUAAUAGGAAAAGUUCCCCCACCAAAGCUUAUAGAAAUGCUGAAAACUCAGCUAGGAUGAUACGGGAUAUAAUUCGGCAUCAUCUAGAAAGAACUACAGGUGGUUCAGAAUUCGAUGGGUUAAUUUUAUCACCAACGAGAGAAAAGCUGGAACCAACCAUUCCAAGGAAGGAUGAUGAUUCAAGAGGAUCGCAGAAGAAUAGUCCCAAGAAAAGUUCUCCAAUGAAAUCAUCCUCUUUAAAGAGGACCAACCAAAAGGCUAAACAAGGUGGGCCAAAAAAACUUCGUUCACAAUCUGUAGGACCUACAUCUGAUGCAGUAGCAGAAAAAAAAUCACCCAAACGUCAGUCCAGAUCAUCUUCCACAAAAGAUGGAAGGAAGUCUUCGUCAGAAACACCAUCAAACAAAAGACCAAGACCUUCAUCCCUCAACACCACUGUCUCAUCCCGAUCUAAAUCCAGUUCGGUUGUAACAAAAAAUGAAGACGAUCGAUUGGCCAAACCAUUGCAAAACCAAAACAAAUCACAAAGUAUAGAUACAUCUAAGCAAAAUCAAAAAGUAGCCACUAAACAUAGAAAAGGAAGUAAAGAAGCUGAGCAACAGAAAACAGAAACCAUCGUAACGGAACCAAAAGAAACCACUACGAACGAACAAGAGCACGAUAGCUUAACUUACGAACCAGUGAUUAAAUCUCCACCAGAACCAACUAGAGUCAAAUCUCCAGAGCAAAUUUUGAUGCGCUCUCCUGAUCCAGUCAACUGGACGGUGCCUUUGGAUACUGGGAAGACUUUUACUGUUACCCAGAAUGUUAGAGAAGGCGAUAUUGGCAGCAGACCCCAUAGCGAGGUAAAGGCUUGGACCCCCCCAGAAAUCCCACCCCCUGUGGCGCAAUCUGCCCCGCCUACUUUGACUGAACAAAACAAAGAUAAAGAACAAGCAGGCACGUCUUAAGGACCCGAUUUGUGCUUAUUGUAUUCGAUUUGGUUAUAUUGCUUUAGGUAUGGACUUAUCAAUGGAAGCAUGAACUCGGGCCAAGGCAGAGCCAUCGCUGCACGGUAUAAGACCUCCAUAUACCAUGGUAGAAUUACCUUAAGUGAAUCAAGUGUUGAGAAUUCCUCCAUCGUCAGUGAUACAUCAGAGUUGUACAAUGCAACUGUGCCACUUUUCAACAGGGUAGUAGCCAAAAACUCUCGGUGCUGUUAAACCAAACGUUUUUGUGAAACUCGCCGUGUUACAUCUUUGUAAAGACAAAUUUUCAUAUGAAAAUGUAUCAUGGUAUAAUUAAAAAUAUUUGCUGUCCUAAUUUAGCCAUAUUUAAACUCAGCUUUACCUUUGUAAUAACCAACAGUAGUUCAGUAUAUUUAGGGAUAUAAGUGUUCAAAUACGUAACAAAUAUUUACUGAGACAUAUAUCGUACUCUUAGUGAAAAAACAGGCUAAAUUGCAUUUGCCGGGGUAAUACAAAGCUAUUUUCUUGUUCAUGUUUCCGCGGCGUAACAAACCUAUAAGCGACCCUUUCUACAAAAAAAAAGUUGUUCUCUCUAGUGGGUGAGUUAUAAACUUGGACGCCUAAGCAUCUACAUAUAAUCUCCCUAUCCAAAUGUUGCAAAUUCUAAAUAUCACAAAAUUUAGUGUUUGUAUAAUUUUUUGUAUUACUUUGUCUUACCCCAACAAUUUAUCAGAAACAAUUUUUUGUAUAAGAUGUUGCAGGGCUGAUUAAAAAAUAACCUGCAUAAGCGAAGGUUGUAAAAAUUACCAUGCACUAUGCAUUUUUUCUUUUCUAAAUAUACUGGUCUACAACUGCUUACACAUUCCAUGCGUCCAUCUAUCAACUUGAGUCCGUCAUAUGCCCACAGGAAUAUUUUGUGAGUAUUUCUUUGCCAAGCCAUCGGAUGUCCAUUUUUACAAGAAAUUGUGAUCUCUUAUCAGUGCACUCGUGUUUCUGCCACGUAUAGUCAGAAAACUAUGGUUGAUAUAAUAUUCAUAUAUUUUGUGUAGAUGCGUUUGCUUGCAACUUUUGAUUCAUUUAGUGUACAUC